AUGGGACGAGGUUGCCGUGAACAUGUGCAUGACCGCAACACCAUCAGCUCUUUGCGAGCAUCGGGAACCGAAGAAGAGUACAGCGAGCAUGAGCAGCUCCUGCAAGACAUUGUUGACUUGAUCGAUCAAUCGCACUCUCGAAAGCGCAUGCUAAAGGAAGAGAAGCUUGCCAAGGUCGAAAAGCGCGAGAGUGACGGUGAGAGGCUGAGGGAUGCUGCGAUGCGAGCGCACACCGAGAAGAAAAAGUCGCUUGAUGUGCCAAGCGACAGUGAUGCAGAGUCGGAGGACACCAAGGAGAGGAAACCGCAAAAGAUUCAGAAGCGUAAAGCUGGAAGAAGCAAGAUUUGCCCUGGAUAA